GAUAGUUUGUCUGCACAGCAGGGGGCGCUGCUGCGCAUGCUCCGUGUUUCCUGAAGUUUGUUCUGAGGACACACCCAUCAGGUCUCAGGGAGACUCAGACCGCACAGCACGAAAACUGGCCCGAGUCUGGAUCUCCGGAGAGCGCACUAACGGACUGUGCCGAGCCCCCCCGAACCCCUGCUGCUCUGUUUCUUCCGAACCGAGCCGAACGGCAGAGCGCGGAGCUCGUUUCUAAAGACAGGAUGUCAACUUCAGAGGAAGCCGACGGGCCCCGACCCAGAUACGGCUCCGUUCUGGAUGUGGCGGAGCGGCUGACCGCCGAGGAGAUGGACGAGCGGCGCUUGCAGAACAUGGCCUAUGAGUACCUCUGUCACCUGGAGGAGGCCAAGAGAUGGAUGGAAGCCUGUCUGGACGAGGAGCUGCCCCCCACCACGGAGCUGGAGGAGGGGCUGAGGAACGGGGUGUAUUUGGCCAAACUGGGAAACUUCUUUGCCCCGCAAACAGUUUCCCUAAAGAAAAUCUACGAUCGCGAGCAGACGCGCUACAAGGCGACCGGCCUCCAUUUCAGGCACACAGACAACGUCAUCCAGUGGCUGAACGCCAUGGCGGAGAAGGGGCUCCCGAAGAUCUUCUACCCUGAAACCACAGACAUCUAUGACAGGAAGAACAUGCCGCGCUGCAUCUACUGCAUCCAUGCACUCAGCCUGUAUUUGUUCAAGCUGGGUCUGGCCCCUCAGAUCCAGGAUCUGUAUGGAAAAGUGGAUUUCACUGAGGAGGAGAUCAACAACAUGAAGAGUGAGCUGGAGAAGUACGGCAUCCAGAUGCCCACCUUCAGCAAGAUCGGCGGGAUCUUGGCCAAUGAGCUCUCAGUGGAUGAAGCUGCUUUGCAUGCAGCUGUGAUCGCCAUUAACGAGGCCAUCGACCAGGGCGUGCCCGAGGGCACGCUGGCAGCUCUGCAGAACCCCAACGCCAUGCUGAUUCAGCUGGAUCCCAGCUCGGCCGGACAGUACCACGACACCCUGUACCGAGCCAAGGGGGAGAAGGUGGCCAGCUCACGCAAACGGCAGAUGGAGAACUCUGAGACAGAGAGGGACAUCUACGACGAGCUUCUGACUCAAGCUGAAAUCCAGGGCAACAUCAACUCCGUCAACAUGAGCGUUGCCCUGAGUGCCGCUGAGCAGGCUUUGCUGAGUGGAGAUGAGAACAAGCUGUACGACGCACUUAAAGCUAUGGGUGUCCACAACCUGGAUCCACAGAACAAAGGCUGGUACCUGAAGCAGCUUCAGGCAGACAGAGAGAGCAAAGAGCAGGCCUCCCCAGGAGAAGCAUUAUCCAAAGAUGAGCUUCAGAGCGGCGUGGACGUAGCCAACCAGAUAGCAGACGGCGUCGUAAAGAUGCUGGAGGCGGUGGAGCGCAUCAACGCCGCCAUCAGAGCGGGCGUAGCUGAGAAAACCGUGGAGGAGCUGAUGAACCCCGACGCUCAGCUGCCAGAGGUUUACCCGAGCGCCGCCGACCUGUACCAGAGGGAGCUGUCCAGCCUGCAGCAGCAGAGCCAGGAGGGCUCGCUGAGCCAUCCGGAGCUUCUGGUUGCCGUGGAGAUGCUGUCAUCUGUUGUUCUGAUGAACGAGGCGCUGAACGUGGGGGACCGGGCGGCGCUGUGGAAGCAGCUAUCCAGCAGCGUCACAGGGCUCAGCAACGUGGAGGACGAGUACGCACAGAGGUACAUGGACGAGCUGAUGCGACUGAAGGCUGCCGCCAGAGAGGAGGGCUGCGACUUCCUCACCUGGAAUGACAUCCAGGCCUGCAUUGACCAGGUCAACCUGGCUGUGCACGAGGAGCACGCACGGAUCGCAGCUAUCGGACAGAUCAACGAGGCUCUGGACGAAGGCGAUCCUGCGAAGACCCUGGACAUGCUGCUGAACCCCUCAGCCAAGCUGACGGACGUAGACCCGUCCAUCGCUCUGCACUACCACAACAAACUCCUGGAGGCCCGCAGAGAGAAGGCUCACGAGACACAGGACCCGUCUGCGGUCCUGUGGUUGGAUGAGAUCCAGGAUGCUAUCAUCAGGGCCAACCAGGACACAAAGGAAGCUCUGCAGUUCUCACAGGCCAUCCAGGCCAUCAACGAGGCAGUCGAAGAUGGAGAUGCCGCAAAGACUCUGGGGGCGCUGCGAAACCCGGGAGCGGGGCUGUACGGGGUCACCCCGGAGUGCUCGCAGACGUACCAAGACGACCUGACCAAGGCUAAGCAAGACAAGAAAAAAGACGGUGACAACAGCAGUGAUUGGGUGAAGCACUGGGUGAAGGGGGGGCACAACUACUACUACAACCUGAAGACCAAGGAGGGCACGUGGGUGGAGCCAGAGGACUUCCUGCAGAACAGCACCCAGCUCAACAAAGAGGACAUACAGAGCGUGGUUUCUGGGGUGACCACAGCCUACAACCGAGAGCAGCUGUGGUUGGCCAACGAAACCCUCAUCGCCAAGUUACAGGCUCGCUGCCGCGGGUACCUGGUGAGGAACGGGCUCAAGGAGAGGCUGAAGUUUCUGGCAUCCCAGGAGCCCGCUGUUACCUGCAUACAGGCCCACUGGAAAGGUUACAAACAAAGGAAGGAGUUCACAGACCGAAAGCAGUUCCUUAAAGACCACACUAAAGAAGCCGUCAAGAUCCAGUCCGUGGUGCGCAUGCACCAAGCUCGCAAGAAGUACAAGGACCGCCUGAAGUACUUUGAAGAUCAUAUCGAUGACGUGGUGAAGAUUCAGGCCUUCAUCAGAGCCAACAAGGCUAGGGACGACUACAAGACGCUAAUCAAUGCUGAAAACCCCCCGAUGGGCGUGGUCAGAAAGUUUGUCCACCUGCUGGACCACAGCGACCAGGACUUCCAGGAGGAGCUGGAGCUGAUGCGCCUCCGUGAAGAGGUCAUCACCAACAUCCGCUCCAACCAGCAGCUGGAGAACGACCUGAACCUGAUGGACAUCAAGAUUGGCUUGCUGGUGAAGAACAAGAUCACGCUGCAGGAAGUGGUUUCACACAGCAAGAAGCUGACCAAGAAGAACAAGAGCCAGCUGUCUGACAUGAUGAUGAUGAACAAGCAGAAAGGAGGCCUGAAGGCCCUCAGCAAGGAGAAGAGAGUCAAGCUGGAGGCCUACCAGCACCUGUUUUACCUGUUACAGACCAACCCUACAUAUCUUGCCAAGCUGAUCUUUCAGAUGCCUCAGAAUAAAUCCACCAAGUUCAUGGACUCUGUCAUCUUUACACUGUACAACUACGCCUCCAACCAAAGAGAGGAGUACCUGCUCCUGAAGCUCUUCAAGACGGCCCUGCAGGAGGAGAUCAAGUCUAAAGUGGACCAGAUGAAGGAGAUCGUCACAGGAAAUCCAACGGUUAUCAAGAUGGUGGUGAGCUUCCACCGUGGCGCCCGAGGCCAGAAUGCGCUCAGGCAGAUCCUGGCACCUGUAGUUAAGGAGAUCAUAGAUGACAAAACGCUAAACAUCAAGACGGACCCCGUUGACAUCUACAAGAGCUGGGUGAACCAGAUGGAGACACAGACUGGAGAGGCCAGUAAGCUGCCGUACGACGUGACCCCAGAGCAGGCCAUGACCCACGAGGAGGUCCGGAACAGGCUGGAGGCCUCCAUCAAGAACAUGAAGACCAUCACGGACAAGUUCCUGCUGGCAAUCAUCGUCUCUGUGGAUAAAAUUCCGUACGGAAUGAGGUUCAUCUCCAAGGUGCUGAAGGACACGCUCCAUGAGAGGUUCCCGGACGCCACCGAGGAUGAGCUUCUGAAGAUCGUGGGGAACCUCCUGUAUUACCGCUACAUGAACCCCGCCAUCGUGGCGCCGGACGCCUUUGACAUCAUUGAAAUGUCUGCUGGUGGUCAGCUGACCAAUGAGCAGAGGAGGAACUUGGGUUCAGUGGCUAAGAUGCUGCAGCAUGCCGCCUCCAACAAAAUGUUCCUGGGGGACAAUGCUCACCUGAACCCCAUCAACGAGUACCUGAGCACCUCCUACCAGAAGUUCAGGCGCUUCUUCCUGGCGGCGUGUGACGUUCCCUCGCUGGAGGACAAGUUCAACGUGGACCAGUACUCUGACCUGGUCACCGUCACCAAGCCGGUCAUCUACAUCUCCAUUGGAGAGAUCGUCAACACCCACACGCUGCUGCUGGACCACCAGGACGCCAUCGCCCCCGAGCACAAUGACCCCAUCCACGAGCUGCUGGAGGACCUGGGCGAGGUUCCCACCGUGGAGUCUCUGAUCGGUGAGAACCCACUUCCUGCUGACGACCCCAACAAAGAGCUGAUGGGGAAGACCGAGGUCUCGCUCACACUUGCCAACAAGUUUGACGUUCCUGGAGAAGCUAACGUGGAGAUGGACGCCCGGACGCUGCUGCUGAACACCAAGAGACUCAUCGUGGAUGUGAUCCGGUUCCAACCUGGAGAAACCCUGACUGAGAUCCUGGACUCCACAGCCUCUCCAGAACAGGAAGCAGAGUACCAGCGGGCGAUGCAGAGAAGAGCCAUCAGAGAUGCUAAGACUCCAGAGAAGAUGAAGCAGGUCAAACCGGUGGUGGAUGACAGUCUGACCCUGCAGGGCAAGAAGGACAAGAUCAGGAGCAACCUGCAGAGGCUGGCGGAGCUGGGCAAGGUCCACCCCGAGAAUCGCUACCAGGACCUGAUCAACGACAUCGCCAAGGACAUUCGCAACCAGAGGAGGUACCGGCAGCGCAGGAAGGCGGAGCUAGUGAGACUCCAGCAGACCAACGCCGCCCUCAACUCAAAGACUAACUUCUACAACGUGCAGAUCGACUCCUACAACCAGUACAUCAAAGUCUGCAUGGACAACCUGACCAGCAAGGGCAAGUUGUCGAAGAAACCGGACAGCAAGGCCAAGAAGAGCAAGCAGGUCUCACAGAAGUACACGGCUUCUCGGCUCCAGGAGAAGGGGGUCCUGAUCUCCAUUGAGGAUCUGCCAUCCAACCAGUUCAAGAACACCAUCUUUGAGAUCUCGCCGUCAGAGACGGUGGGGGUGUUUGAAGUGAAGGCCAAGUUAAUGGGGGUGCACUUGGACACGGUGCAGCUGGAGUAUCAGGAUCUCCUGCAGCUGCAGUAUGAAGGUGUGGCCGUGAUGAAGCUCUUCGAUCGCGCCACCAUCAAUGUCAACCUGCUCAUCUUCCUGCUCAACAAGAAGUUUUACGGCAAAUGAAAGGGGAGUGCAGACUCUCCCAGACAAAUGUAACCACAAAGCCCACUGUGGGUGGCUCUGAAGCCCUGGACCGAGCCGUCCUGCAAACACGAGCUUCACUCUCAUGACUCUGAUGCUUGUUUGAGCUCUCAUGCUGCAGCUUUCUCUCUGUUUCUUCUGUCAUGAUUAUAACUACGUCAGAACGCCCAAGUUCCCCUCCUUCCUGCUGUUCAUGCCGGGUCUGGAGGGGAGGGGCUACAAAACUGGGCUGGAGGUCCUGACUGUACUGUUUUUUUUAUUUCUGAGGUCAUGUUAUGAAUAUUGGUAUUUUCUUGAUCACCACGUCCUGAAAUGUUUGGCUUUGUAGCGACUCAGAGGAGCCGACCUCUGCUGUCAGGAGCUGCUUCAACCUGCCCCCCCACCCACCCUGCCAUUGUCAGAUGUCUCUGCUGCGUCAGUCCUGGACGUGCAGCUGGACACCGAGGCGCUCUGCUCUCCCAGAUUUACCUCAGAAGAGUUCUUUCAAAAGCAUUCCUUUGUCUCUAUUUAUAUGUUCUGUCUUCAUUCCAGGAGCGGCGCCACGCCCACAUGCGGCGCCACGCCCGUGUCAGGUGGAGGCCUCGUGCUCCGCAGCAGCUAGGUUUUAUGCUGAACAUCAAAUAUUCCGUAAAUGCUGAAGCUGACGAUCUUCUUGUCUUCAUGUAAAGUCCAGGCACUGAUGUUUACCUGUUCAGAAUAAAGACCAGAAACUGAAAGAACUUCAGCACUUUUUUAAACUUC